AUGUCAAGAAAAUUCAUGUCAAAGCCCCCAGACCGAGAGAGGCUCAGGAGCGGCUUUAUAAUUCCCACCUACGAGGAAGACAUGCUCCCGUUAAAGCCCCCAAGAAAAAAGAAGCUCAGGCAAAGCUUUAUAACGGAUUUUGUCAUAGAGGAAGGCACAGGUGCCAUAAAGGCUGUUCAACUUGCCGAAAUUCUACCCUAUCAAUACCAGCCGGUAACAAGCAGAGAGAGCCACCCCGACCCUCCUCAAAAAGGUACAAAAAGAGCUAGAAAGCAUAUGACAGAUCGUGAUAUUGAGAAGCGUCUGAGCAAUGAUAUGUUGCUGUCGGCAAGCAACCUUGCGGAGUGUGAGAGCGCUAGGAAACGUGGUGAUAAGGUUUUUACUCAGACGUGUGGCGAAAAAUGCCACGUGGUUGAGGUUUUCUUUGAGGUCGACUUGGACAGUAUGCCCUCCAAGCAGAAACCCAAAUUCCACACUGAUCACUAUCCAACGAUCGAAAUCCCUGCUGGGGCGGUCUAUACCGCGUUGGACUGUAACCUCCGCCGCAUUUUCGUCUACUUCAACAAGGGCAUAGAGACCGUAUACGGUGCUCAGAUCAGCCAGCGGGUGUUGGACGACACCACAUGGAAUAUUAAAGAAUACACUCAUAUCAAUCCCCCCGAGUUCCCGAAGGACCCGAACCCCAAUAUCGACUGGGGUGCCUUCAUCCUCUCCGAUCCCUGGGAUUGCUUGUCGCGAGGGGAUAUAUCAGGGGUAUAUCAUUGGGGCUGCUGGAGGGAAUCAGAGGAGGAUUUUUGCCUUACAACAGACUCCAUAAUGGUUCCUGACUGCGUUAAGCCAGUGUUGGAUGACUUCACAAAAACACUUGGCAAUAUGACACGGGCACACAGGAUACUGUUGGGCGCGGUAGAUAAGGACUAUAGAGACAAGGGUGAGAGAAUGAUUACGGGUAUGAGGAUGGGGUUGAAGUUUCCGUGGGUUACGGAUGAUAAUGAUUGCUUCUCGCUGCGCACAUGCAUGGUAAAUGCGCAAGUUGAUCAAUAUUACGGGGAUGCCUUUUCAAAUGAUGAGGAUGCAUGGCUCAUGAUGACACCACUGGGGGUAUUUAAGGGUGGAGAGCUGUGUGUGAAGGAGCUUGGGAGGAAGUUUCCUCAUUCCCACGGUACGGUUGGGUUCAUCAGAGCGGCUAAACUGGAAUUUUUUACAGCUCGAUGGACUGGCGAAAGGUACAGUUUGGAAUGCUUGCAGAGUAUGCAAAUCCCAGAGUGGGCAAAGAUUAGGAUACGCCGUCCGAAUCGGCGAGUAACAUUAGUAGGGGAAGAGAAUUAUGAUGUAUAUGAUAUUGAUGAGGAUGGGGAAGAAUUUGUGUGGAUGGAUGAUUCCUUAGUUGUGUAG